AUGGCUGUUAACAUCCCAGGAGUGAUAGCGAUGUCGUUUUUCUACCUGCUGGUCCUUGGGACCGGCAUCUGGGCUUCUUUCAAGUCCAAAAGGGAACAGAAGAAAAGUUCGGCCUCUGGAAUAGAGAUGGCUCUGCUGGGAAACCGGAGCAUUAACGUGGUGGUGGGGAUCUUCACAAUGACAGACAAGAUCGAGACUUUCUGGAAUAUCUCUGAUGACUAUGACUGGACACCUUUCAGCAGCUACGAAUAUAGUGGACAAACUGGAUUCAUCUCAUAUGUAGUGACGUGCAUAAUCAUUUGUAUCGGCCUUCCUUUGACCCUCACGGCCAUCUUUGCUGUUUAUUUUCUGGUGCAAAAGGAUCAUGUUGCUCCGAUCUUCGUCAUGAACCUUCUCAUUUCCGACGUCAUUCAGCUCUGCUGCAUGAUCGUCUUGGUGGUGCCACCUAAGCAUGGGAAGACAUAUCACACCAUCUUUAUUAUUUACUACUCUGGUCUGGUGGCCAGUGUUUGCUUCAUGGUGUCUAUCGGUCUGGAAAGGUAUUUAGUUAUCGCCCACCCACUGUGGUACCGCUUCAGACGAAGCAUCAAGAUAUCUGUGGUGGUUUGUGUUGUGAUUUGGGUCCUUCCAGCUGUCUAUCUCCUUAGGUCCUUGUUCUGGUAUAUUACAUAUGUCCAAGAAACAAUCUCCGCUGUCUUUUUCCUCCUUCCCCUCCCACUACUCAUAUUCUUCCUCAGUGGGACCCUCAGAGCCCUGUCCGCUUCCAUCUCAGUCCCCGCUGACGAUAAACGACGAAUUGUAGGAAUGUUGGUCCUUGUGCUUCUUAUUUACACGCUGCUGUUCCUGCCCUACAUCAUUUGGUUGUUGUCAGAUGGAAUCAAAUGUGACAUUACCUUCAUCCACCUGUCUUCUUUGCUUCUUCGGUUGAGUCCUCUCGCAGACUUAGCUCUGUAUGUUCUCAUGAGGAAAGGGACCAUAGACAAGCUGCUGGCCUCUGUGUGUUGUUGCAGAAUGGACAGCAAUGAUAGCAGCAGUUCAGCAGUAUGA